CUUCAAUACACAUUCUUCUUCUUGUAACAACGGCGGAUAACGAUGAUGCGAAAUACCUUUGCGUUACUUUUACUCUUGAUCGCAGUAACAGCACCCUUCAUCACUGUCAAUAUCGUAGCACAUGCCGCACCUAUUACAAAACGAGGUGGUGACGGCAAACAGUAUCACGGAACAGGCACGUUUUUCUUUCCAGCAAAAGAAGGUGGGCCCUACGGCGCUUGUGGAAAAAAAGAAAACAAAAAUUCGCGCAUUGUUGCAUUGAACCACGCACAAUACGGCAAUAUGGACGCCGUAAGUUCAUGGUGCGGAAAAAAGAUCCGUGUUGAAGGCGAAGCAGGUUCGAUGGACCUUGAAAUCAAUGAUGCAUGUCCUGGUUGUGACUACGGCGACUUGGAUCUUACGCCAUACGUAUUUGAAAGAGUCGUUGGCGAGUUCAAGCAGGGUGUCGGCCCCAUUACUUGGUAUCUCAUAUAG